GGAUCCGUCAGAAACGCGGUCCCGAUUCGGUAGAACGGCUGGAAACGGUCGUUUUAGUCAAGUUUGAUGGUUUCUGAGUCGAUCAGCUGUUGUUCUACUCAUAAAUCAAAGAUACUUUAUUAAUCCCAGAGGGAAAUUAGAGUUUCAGUAAAUAGAAGUUCAUUAUCAUAUAGAUUAGAAAACAUCUGGAGUUUGUUUUAAAACAUCUGGGCUUUUCCCUGAAACAUGCAGGCUACACGUGGUUGGUUCUAGAUUAUUCGGGUUUCUUUUAUGUGGACUUAAAUGUUGAACUUGGUUUGAGCUCCACGUUCAUCCCUCCGGUCAGCGGUGCUUUCUCGCUUUCUCACACCGAGCUCAGCUACAGAGACGCGGCCAGCGGGACUCCGCCUGCCCGCUGCUAGAUGCGGAGCUUCGCUUAGGGACCGUCAACAAAUAUCCAGUCGCUCGUGAGACGCACACAGAUACUCGGACAAGCCCAACAGGAGAGCUGGAACACUCGAGUUAGUACAAAUAUUUUUAAUAGACGUAAAAACAACUAGAAAGUAAGGUUUCCACGCCUUGUGUGUCUUCAGCAGACUUUCUUUCCACUCAGACAAAUCCCUCAGCAGGAAAUGUUCCUCUGGGAAAUUUGGUUUUCUAGCAGAAGCACACGUCUUGCAAUAGUUAAAGGAAAUGAUGGAAGAGAGAAAAAUAUAUACAAAAACUCUGAUUAUUACUGUGUUGAUGUAGCAGAUCACAUCCGGUAGCCCAACACACUCGGACUCCAGCUAUAGGUCAUGUGAUCUAAAGACCCUAAGCCGGACGGAUGAGACAGCACUUUAAACAUUUAAUUAAAUUUCACAUUUAUAGGAAUAAUUGGUGCGAUGGUGGCACAGGAGUUAAGUGCUCGCCCUGUGAUCAGAUGGUUGCAGGUUCUAUCCCGGCUCUGACCAGAGAAUGCUGCCCUUGUGUCCUUGGGCAAGACUCUUAACCCAGCUGGUGGUGGUCGGAGGGACCAGUGGGACCUGUGUACAGCAGCCUCACCUCUCAACGCGCCUCCGGGCUGCUGUGGCUACAAUGUAGCUCAUCACCACCAGGGUGUGACUGAGUGAAUGACUGUGUUGUAGAGCGCCUUGGGGGCUUCUAGAAGGUGCUAUAACAAAUAAAGGCCAUUUAACAUUCAUGGUAAUUAUGCGGGAGACAUUUUGAGCUUUCCAUAAUAAAAUGUUUUUAUGCAGAUUUUAGAAAUGAGUGAAAAGCUGCCGUGUUCAGUCAGUUUAUACGUUUUAUUUAUAUUUAGGUCAUUAUUUAGUCUGACUUUCAACCGACUGGAUGUGUUGAUGCUCCCUAACUGAAGCUCAGCUCACUUUAAAUGUUUGAGGAUCAUUUAACUGGAGUCUAAGCGGACGGCGGUUUGAAGUAGGGAUGCCCCGAGACCGAUACUGGUAUCGGUAUCGGUGCAGAUACCGAUACGAUACUGGCAUCGGUAAAAGUUAACCGAUACCAGGAACCGAUACCAAUGCAGCUGCUUGAAAAUGGCUUCACUGUAACUUGUCAUUUCUGUUCACCUAAUAUUUUAGUUUUGUGAUGAUUUUUAUUCAUACAUUUUACUUUUUAUCUUCCUCACAGUCUUUUCCUGUUGAAAGCAGAGAAGAAAAUAAAAUCUGUAUUCCAAAUCAUUGCAUUUUCUUGUGUGGUAGAAGUAUAGGUAUCAGUAAUCGGUAUCGGCGAGUAUUCAGAUCCAAGUAUCGGUAUCGUAUCGGUUUGGAAAAAAGUGGUGUCGUUGCAUCCCUAGUUUGAAGCUGACUGAGAAGAAACCAGAGAGCCGCGUCAGACGAACGGAAAAACUAGUUGGGAAACGGGAAAUAUCCGAAGGAAGAAUACGUCAGAAAGAAGCCAGUGUUAUGACCUGCAAGCGUGAAAUCCAUAAGCCGGCUGAAGGGAACCACAUGCUCCAAAUCUAGGAUGGGAAUUACCCGUCUGAGGGAAACGGCAGGUUUUUCUCCUUCAGAAGUUCCCUGGUCUCAUCUCGGAUGCCCAGAACGGUUCUUUAUCCAAGUGAAGAGAAGGUUUAAACGAUUCUGUGUUGUUUCAGAUCCACAUGUGCUGACUCUCUGGGACACAAGCAGCUGAAGAUGGAACGACAUCUGAUGGGUUAGGCUUAGAGAUUAGGACUAGAGUCCAGAGUUGGUAGAACGUCUCUCCUGAGCGGAGCUCCGCUCUUCGCUGAAGCCAGAAUGCUGAGGAAGGUGGUCCUGAUGAGGAGGCUCCUCCAUGUGAAGGGAGAUGUGAUGUGCACGCUGGUUCUUCUGGUUCUGUUCUGUGUUCUGCUCUACACCCGUCAGGUUGUUCUCUCAUCUGGAUGGGGCGGACCAGCGUGGACGCUGGACAUCCACAGCUCCACCAGCUCCAGUCGGAUGCUGCUAGGUACCAGGGCGACUGAAGUGGGCCAGAACUCUCAGAAGUUUCCAUCAGAAUCAAAGUGGCCACCCUGUAAACCCCAACUCAAGUCCAGGUCCAGGUCCAGGUCCCGAAGCAGGAAGGUGGUGCCGACAGGACGCUCGGGCCUCCCACUUCCAACCAGACCGCCGUUUGACUUUGAGUCUUAUCUGAGAGACAAGGACAACAGGAGGUUCAAGCUGCUCAUAGACCAGCCCCAUAAAUGUCACAUGGGAGGAGCAGGAGGAGGAAGGAGCUACUCCCCAGCUGCUCCUUACCUGCUAAUUGCCAUCAAAUCCACGGCGUUGGAUUUUGACAAGCGGCAGGUUGUCCGCCGAACGUGGGGCAAGGAGGGACAUCUCCAACCCGGAAUAUCCAUCCGCACCGUGUUCCUGCUGGGCAUUCCCAGGAAUCAUACCAUCCUGCCUCUUUGGGAUCGACUCCUGGAAUAUGAGAGUCAAACCUUCAGGGACAUCCUGCUCUGGGACUUUGAGGACACCUUCUUCAACCUGACUCUGAAAGAAACCCACUUCCUGGAAUGGAUCAACAGCAGCUGUCCUCACGUCACGUUCAUCUUCAAAGGUGAUGCUGAUGUGUACGUAAACGUGGAGAACAUUUUGGAGAUGCUUCGGGAUCGGGAGUCGAAGGACGACCUGUUUGUUGGUGAUAUUAUCGUCCAUGCUAAACCCAUUCGACGCCGGACCUCCAAGUAUUAUGUUCCAGAGAGCGUGUACGGAGGAGGCCUGUACCCGGACUAUGCUGGGGGAGGAGGGUUCAUCAUGUCGGGGCGCUUGGCCCGGAGACUCAGCUCCGCCUGUCAGCAGGUAGAGCUGUUCCCCAUUGACGAUGUCUUCCUGGGAAUGUGCCUCCAGCUGAUUGGAGUCAAACCUUUGCGCCAUCAAGGCUUUCGGACCUUUGGAAUUCCUCGUCCAUCUGCAGCGCCCCACCUCCAGACAUUCGACCCCUGCUUUUAUAGAGAACUCAUGGUGGUGCACAGCCUCAGCGUCCCGCAGAUCUGGCUGAUGUGGAACCUUCUGCACGACUCCAAACUGAGCUGCCACAACCAGACCGGCCCAGCGACCAGGGUCUUCAGGUGGAGGGGGAGGAUGGAGGAGACGGGAGAGAUGGAUUACGCUGAGAGGAACGUGUUCCUCUCUCAUUAGAGAUGGUUUGGAGGUCAGAGAGUUUCAGGGGCUGGAGUCAGUCUGAAAGGAUUUAUCAAACCAAGAUGUUGAAUCAUCUGGAGGGAAAUGAGAUGGCAAAAGGAAAAUCCCUUCCAGAUUCCAGUGUAAGGAAGCACAGACAGGCUGUAAACCUAGGAAACCUUUAAUGAUCAUCUGGACUUCUGAAUCUCCUACUUUGAAACAUAAUCAGAUGAGUUUUCUGGUGUAAUUGAUGCUGUUUAGUCCUUAAACUUUAAAUGUUUUGAUGUAAAAUUUCAUGAUGCUGAACAUUUGAGAGCAGCACCAACUCUCUGCACACCACGCACUGUGGAUAGGGUACCAAGUGGCCAGAGGGCACCAGCCAAUUCCUUAAUGACUUCUGUGAGACAUUCCGUCGCUCAAACGCCAGCUGUUACUGAGCGGAUCUGCUAGUGCGCACACCCACCACCACCACGGAAGGCCGUCCAAAACACGCUCGUCACGGCUAGUACAAGACGCUUGUGCAACACCUGCAUCUUAGUAGGACCCGUACAUUAGUCUUGGUGAUCUAGUGGAGAAAGCUCUGUAUUCCUAUGGCCUGAUUCUGGUUCGAGUCCCCGUCCAUACUCCUAUGGCCUGAUUCUGGUUUGAGUCCCUGCCUGUAUGGGAGUGUUUACUGUGAGAAGUGCCUUGAGAUGACUCUUUGUCGUUAUUUGGCGCUAUGGAAAUAAAAUUGAAUUGUAGUUUAUUUUCUUUUUAGCUACGUUUUAGCCCUUUACUGGUAAACUGUAUGUGUUACGGUCUUUGUUUAUUUAGGACUUGUGGACAGGACGCCUGUUUUUCAUAGGUAGCAUAUUGUCUCCAACCCAACUUUGCACCAUGUUCUCAUACUUCCUGCUUUACCUGUACCUGUAUUGUUAUUGUUUGAAUGCUAAACUAUUGUUUUCCUGUUUAUAUUUAUUCUUCUUCUUA